GCGCUGCAGUUACUCGUUCGAGAAGCUUUCCCCGCCUCUCUUUUCGUUGGCAAACCCAUCAUUCUCGCUCUCUCUCGCUCUUUCUAGCGAAACACGUGGAGAAUGAACGGAUCCGUGCAGACAAACGGAGGUCCGCGCAGUGCUGCGGCUCACCCGCCGGCCACCGCUGCUCCCGCCUCCCCCUUCACGGUGCAGGCGCCCGUGUCGGGUGCUGCGGCGCAUCGUGACGGCUCCCCGCUGCAUGGACCAGAGGUCCCCGCGUUCUCCUCUUCUUCCGCGUCUCCGCGUCGCACCGGGGAGACAGCCUAUGCUCCGUCUUCCACGUCGGCCCCCGGUGUCUCAACCGUCAUCCACGUCCCGUUGGCCUUCUCCUCCGAGGCCACCGCUGGCGCAGCCCAUGACGGCCCCAUCGCUGCCACAGCUACCCAGUCGCCCUCGGCGUCCGCCCCUUUGGUUGGUGGGCUGUCGAAGCACUCCUCCUCCUUUCUCGCCACACCUUCCUUGACCAUCGCCGCUUGGCGGGGGGCGGAUCACCACAGCAGCGAGAGUAACGGUGGCUCAGGCUUCGGCCACGACCGCCACGCGUCGAAGGUGUUCGACCCGACCGAGGUGCCCGCGCUGCGGCACACCAUGAAGGUCACCGUAACGCGUGACGGCAAGGCGGUGGAGGAGGCGCUGGACCCGUAUGAGGUGGCCCGCCUCUACGGCCAGCAGCAGGCCGCCCUGCGCAGUCUGCAGAGCCGCUACGACUUCCUGGCGGUGCCGGACUGGGUGCGCGUGCACCCGCUGCUCGGCACCUACCUCGCGGAGCUUGUCGGCAGCUUCGCGUGGGUGCUCACACUCGCCCUGGUGAGUGUGCGCAAUACAAGCAUCUUCACCGUCGCCGACGACACGAACAUGACGCCCAUUCCAAUUGGCUUCAUGUUUACCACUAUGAUUUUCACGUUCGGCUACGUCUCGAACGCGCACCUCAACCCUGCCGUGUCGGUGGCCGUCUUCCUUAUUCGCCAGAUGGAGCUCUCGCAGUGCUUUGUCUAUAUCUUGUGUCAGCUGGGUGGCGCUUUCUUAGCGGGGGUGGUGGCGAUGGUGAUUCAGGGCAACUCCGGCAUCUUCGUGCCGUCCGUCUCCGGCAGCUAUAUCACGUCGGGCAUCUUCUCGGAGCUCAUCUUCACCUUCGCGAUUUGCUUAGUGGUGCUCAACAUCGCCUACUCCCGGCAGUCCGGCAACUUCUUCUACGGUUUUGCCGUGGGCAUGACCAUCACCGCCGGCUCCGCCAGCGUUGGUCGCAUCUCCGGUGGUGCCUUCAACCCGGCCGCCGCGACGGGUCUGCAGGUGGCGAUUUGCAUCGUGUCGAACUGCGACGAGCUCAAGUCCGUGUGGAUUUACUGGGUGGCGCCUCUCAUCGGUGCCGUCGCCGCAUCGCUGCUCUUCUCACAAAUGGUGCAGCCCACCGAUACGCAGGUGCUGGAAGAUAACAAGGUCUUUCAAGAUGUGAAGCUGCUUCACAAGCAGCGCCAGACAACACAGCAGCAGACGGCGGCGACGGCAGCAGCGAUGGGUCGUGGCGAUGACGCAGACGACACGCACUCGGACACUUCGACGUCGUCUUCAGGACAGCCCGCCACGCCCACCUCGUCGACAAACUCCUCGGACUCCAACAGCUAUCACGAAAUGCACGUCGUUUCCCACACCCGGUCGCCACGAAGCAGACCUGCACUGACGCGCGAAGAGGCGGCGGAGGCGGCCGCGGAGGAGCACGAGGAGCACAAUGUGACUGUCCCUACGCAUACGCCCGCUCCGCCGACGAAUGCGACUGCGGCUGCCUCGGCUGUCGACCCCUGGAAAGCUCCGGUAGUGACGAACAACUCGGAUUUGGAUAACUGGCGAAGGCGUCCGCCACCACGCCGAGACGAUCACGACGGGGAGGCGAUGCAGGCGGGGAGUGGCAGUACCAACUGGUUUUAA